ACAGUUUGUUAACUGUGUGUGUGUGAAAGUGGACGAACUUUUUUUUUUCUUGACUAAACCAUUGUUCUCUGCAGUUGUUGAAAAAAAGGUCUAUCUUAAAUUAAAAAUGGUAUUGGAACUAUAUUUAGAUCUGUAUUCCCAGCCAUGCAGGUCUGUUUACAUCUUUGCCAAGAAAAACAACAUCCCUUUUGAGUUUAAGCAGCUGUCGCUUUCUGAAGGUCAGCACUUUAGUGAAGAAUUCGGGAAGAUUAAUCCUCUGAGGAAAGUUCCAGCCAUGAAAGAUGGCGACUACCAGCUGGCUGAAAGCAUUGCAAUCCUGUUGUAUAUGUGUCGGAAGUUCAAGACCCCAGACCACUGGUACCCUUCAGACCUGCAGAAACAAGCCAAGGUGGAUGAGUAUCUCUCCUGGCAGCACGCAGCAAUCAGAGCCCCUGCCUCAAAGAUCUUCUGGUUCAAGCUGAUGAUGCCCGUUAUAACUGGCAAUACCACCCCGCAAGCUAAGAUGGAUUCCACAUUGGAGGAACUGAACACAUCGCUGCAGCUGUUUGAGGAGAACUUUCUGCAGGACAAGAACUUUAUCGUGGGCCAGGAAAUCUCCCUGGCAGACAUUGUCGCCAUAGUAGAGCUAAUGCAGCCUCUUGGCUCCGGUCUGGAUAUCUUCGAAGGCAGGCCGAAGCUGACUGCGUGGCGGGAGCGGGUGAAAGCCAACAUCGGAAAGGAGCUCUUUGACGAAGUUCAUGAGCUCAUAUUGAACGCCGGGGAUCUGCCCAAGAAAAUGGAGCAGUCGGUUAUGCUGCCGCAUCUCAAAACCAGGCUCCAAAAAAUGUUAAAUUAAAACCGGACCCUGUUCUGUGUGCACCGUAUAUGCGCCAGGUUCGGUUUUUAUUGUGUAACCAGGAUGAGUUGUAUUAUUUUUUUGGAUAAAUAUAGAUACACAAAUACCCAUAUACAAGAAGUUGACGGCAUACCAAAGUUGUUUUUUGUACUCUCUCUGUGUGUGUGUAUACUACUACUGUAUGCAGUGUUCUCCCAGUAACUAGUGUUAAUAGUGUGUAUGUGUAUAUAUAUAUAUAUAUAUAUAUAUAUAUUAACAUGUUGUACAUUGUCGCAUAUUGACUAGAGUGCAGUGCAGCAGGGUUCCAGCGGGAUAUUUUCACACAUUUGUAACCUGGAAAACUCAUGUUUCACAAUAAAACUUUAUAGAAACAAAA